GUUACUGAUAUUGACAGGACCGCGUUGAGCUAACAAUAUUCUUUCCGCCAAGCAAAAGAAGAAUGCAGUCUGCAAAGACAAAAUACACCAGAGCUACAUCUUUACCUGUUAGUAUACACAUGACACAUUGCAAAAAAGAAAAGGACAUGCAUUCGCUAUAUAUAUAUGCUCGUAUAUGUGUGUGUACGCGGUCUUGUUCCAUGUACGCCAAAUCCAGGAGUAGAGAGGGCUUCUUUUUAAGUAAAGAGCAGCAAGGAGAAAGGAAUUCCCGUGCUUUGCAGCAUCUUUAAAUACAAAAGUAACGCAAUUGGUCUAUUGCUCGCUUCCUUUCGCAGAGCUAGCAUCUUCUUUUUUGUCUUUCUCUCUUGUUCCGCACCUUUUCGCGCUACUUUUUAAUCCAUCGUUCUUCUACGAGUCAUGGCUCUUGCGUCGUCUCGUCUCCUGCUUCGGUCUCGGGCUCCUGCUCUUAUUCAUCGUCCUAGCAACGCAGUGCGUGUAAGUAGUGCGUUUAUAAACACCCAGUCCCAAUAUAGCGCAUACCACGAUCCCUUAAGAGACAAGACUGUCCAUGUCACGCCAUGGCGUGGUGUCAAUGUACUUCACGAUCCUCUUUUGUCCAAAGGCACUGCAUUCAGUAUCGAUGAGCGUGAGCGAUUGUCCAUUCGAGGAUUGGUACCACCACGAUGUCAAGAAAUGCAAAAGCAGUUGUUGCGAGUCAAGCGUAACCUUGAUGCUUGUGAAACACCGCUGGCCAAGUUCGUUUUCCUGGCAGCUUUGCACGACCGUAACGAAACCUUGUUUUAUAAGCUUAUCAUUGAACAUUUGGAGGAGCUAGCAGGCGUCAUUUACACGCCUACAGUGGGUCUGGCAAGUCAAAAGUCGCAUAGCAUCUAUCGUCGUUCAAGAGGCAUGUAUUUCUCAAGUCAGGACCGUGGCAAUAUGUCAGCAAUGGCAUACAAUUGGCCACAUGAUGAUGUGGAUGUGAUCGUGGUUACGGAUGGAUCAAGAGUGCUCGGUUUAGGCGAUUUAGGCGCAAACGGAAUGCAGAUCCCUAUUGGAAAAUUGAGUUUGUAUGUUGCAGCAGGAGGCAUUCGUCCACGCGCGGUUCUGCCUGUUGUUCUUGAUGUCGGUACAAACAACGAAGCUUUAUUGAAUGACCCGCUGUACCUGGGCAUGGGCCAUCCACGCCUCGAAGGAGAUGAGUACUAUUCCUUUGUCGAAGAAUGGGUUACUGCUGUUAUGACCCGCUGGCCAAAUGUGCUAAUCCAAUUCGAGGAUUUCAAGUAUCCGCAUGCAUACAAUUUACUCAACAAGUACCGUGACCGUAUCACUUGCUUCAAUGACGACAUCCAGUCAACAUCGGCGAUCACGCUGGCGGGUGUUUUGGCAGCGUUGAAGGCGCGAGGUUUAUCACAAGAGGAUCUUGCCGAUGAGCGCAUCAUUUGCGUCGGCGCAGGCUCUGCUGGCGUGGGCGUAUGUGAAGGCAUCAUCGACUGCAUGGUCGCGCAGGGAAGAGUCAAGUCACGAGAGGAUGCAUACCGUCGAAUCUAUAUGCUGGAUCAACAUGGUUUGUUGGGCAAUUCGGCCGUCGCGGCUAGCGAUCCUAGCCGUAUCAUGCAAGGCCCUGAGCGUCCACAAGGCUCUUUGGACGAGCGUCAGCUAUGCUAUGUCAAGCCAAAUCUUCCAGAUCGAAUGUCGCUGGAACAGCUCGUGGAAGAAGUGAAGCCUACCGUGCUACUUGGACUGACGGGUAUCUCUGGCGUUUUUACUGAAAAGGCUGUGCGCACCAUGGCCCAGUAUCACGAGAAGCCCGUCAUUUUCCCUCUGAGUAAUCCAGAUAGUCAUGCCGAAUGUACUGCAGAACAAGCCUUCAAAUGGACGGAUGGCCGAGCCAUCUUUGCAUCGGGCAGUCCGUUCAAGGAUGUACAAUUACCUAACGGCAAAGUGGGACGAACCAACCAAUGCAACAAUUCAUACAGUUUCCCUGGUGUUGGCUUGGGUGUGGUAACUUCGAAAGCAAGUAAAGUAACGCCAGAAAUGUUCCUUGAGACAGCCAGAACAAUUGCAGAUAUCGCAACACCCUCGCAACUCAAGGAGGGUAUUCUGUUCCCAGGUGUGUCGCAUCUGAGAGACGUUGCCUCAAAAGUAGCCAUUCGUGUCUGCGAAGUUGCCUACGAGCAAGGCAUUGGCCGAACACGAUUGAAGGAAGGAGAGAUCCUGGCCGAUCUCGUCGAGAAUUCAAUGUACCAUCCAGAAUACGUCCCACUUGUCCACUAUCAUUAAGCACAAACAACAGUAUCGGCGAUACAAUAGAUACACACACGUAGCCAUACGCAUAGAGUGUUCAUGAUUAUUUUUAUACAUAAUUAAAAAGAGUUUGAGGAAAAACAAACAAGAAGGAAAAAGAG